UUAAAGAGGCCACGAGUUGGCACUACAAGCGAGAGUCCAUCUUGGAGAACGGUUCUUUCAGCGCCGAUAUUUUGUUUUUACGGAGAUCAAAUACUACUAGAAUGGCCGACGCAGAGAAUCAGUUCAUGGAGACCUCCGAGAAUGGAAACGGAGCGGAAUUCACGGAGGCCGGAGCGGAUGAAGAGAACGGAGGCGCGGAGGGAGGACAGAUCAACGCCAGCAAGGGCGAGGAAGAUGCCGGUAAAAUGUUUGUUGGAGGACUCAGCUGGGACACCAGCAAGAAAGAUCUCAAGGACUAUUUUUCCAAGUUUGGGGAGGUGACCGACUGCACCAUAAAGAUAGAUUCAAACACUGGCCGGUCAAGAGGGUUUGGAUUCAUCUUGUUCAAUGAUCCAGGAAGUGUUGACAAGGUUCUACAGCAGAAUGAACACCGACUCGACGGGCGACAGAUCGAUCCUAAGAGAGCAAUGGCCAUGAAAAAGGAGCCAAUGAAGAAAAUCUUUGUUGGUGGCUUAAACCCUGAAACCACCGAAGAGAAGGUCCGAGAAUACUUUGGGGCCUUCGGAGAGAUUGAAACUAUUGAACUGCCAACUGAUCCAAAGACCAGCAAAAGGAGGGGCUUUGUUUUCAUCACAUACAAGGAUGAAGCUGCGGUUAAGAAUAUCCUUGAAAAUAAAUACCACGAUGUUUGUGGAAGCAAGUGUGAGAUUAAAGUCGCCCAGCCUAAGGAGAUCUACCAGCAGCAGCAGUACGGGACUCGUGGAGGUUUUGGCGGUCGUGGCAGGGGCCGUGGGGGUCAGAACUGGAACCAGGGAUAUGACGGCUACUGGAACCAGGGCUAUGGCAACCAAGGCUAUGGUGGCCAGCAGGAUUAUGGCAGUUAUGGUGGAUAUGGCAACUAUGACUAUUCCUCUGGCUACUAUGGCAGUUAUGGUGGAUAUGACUAUAACCAGGAAAUCAAAGCUAUGGGAAAGCAGCCCAGACGUGGAGGCAACCAGAUUGGCUACAAGCCAUACUGAUCAUAUGUAGAACCGGACUGACGUAUUCUUAAACCAAGAUUCUGACAUGGUGACAACAGCUGGACACACAGACUUUGGCUCCUUUACAGGACAAGAUCAUGAUCCAUUUGUACAGAACAGACUAAUGGGGGAAGCAAUGUCCCUUAUCCACAUUUUUAUUUUAAUUUUAUUUUCCUUUGUCCACGUGCAUUUCCAGAGUUGGAAGUGUUAUUUUUACUGUACUUUUUGGUACCUUUUUUGAAUGAUGUAUUGUAUGGUUGUAUUUUACAUGUCUACUGGAUUUGCCACAUGAGGUUCAGGAGCUGCCAGAGCUUUUGAAAUAAAACAAUUUGCGUAA